UGUCUCAGAGAUAACUAAAGAUAGCAAAACAAAAACAGCUCUGUUUACAGUCACCAGAUCUAAUCUAGAGUAAUCUAGCGUGAGUCAGGAGUCUGGUCUGGAUCUAGAUCUACUAUCUAGACAAAGGCUAAUAUAGAUCUUGAUCAACAGUGUGUACGUGAUCCAGAGUCUAAUCUAGACUACAAGUACAGCAUCAAUUAAAGUUAUUAGAUCUAGAUCUAAUUAAAUUAUGCACACUCUAGCCAGUCUAGCGGCCUAGCCGAGCCCUAGGCCUAGUGAGGCUAGUGGCUAGUCGGGCCUAGUCACUCACUCACUCACUGAGCCUAGCCUAAUCAUAAUAAUAAUUUAUUUCAUAAUUGAUAAUAAUUCAAAAUAAUUUUCCAAUAAAAAUGGAAAUGAAUGUAAUUAUUAAAUGUGUGACUGUUUUAUUAAUAAAUCUUAUAGUUUUUGUCGCUAGUUCCAGUUCUAUUCUAAAGUCAAAAGAAUCUUCAAAACGACAAAACAUACUUUUUGUUGUUGUUGAUGAUCUACGUACAAGCCUUGGAUGUUAUGGAGAACCAGUUAUGAAAACAUUGAAUGUUGACAACUUGGCACAGAAGUCAGUACUCUUUGAGCAAGCUUAUGUUCAGCAAGCAAUAUGUGGACCUAGUAGAGUUUCAUUCCUAACAAGUCGCAGACCUGACACAACACGCUUAUAUGAUUUCUAUUCUUACUGGCGAGUUCAUGCUGGUAACUUCACCACACUUCCUCAGCAUUUCAAAGAAAAUGGUUACGUGACGCAAUCAGUAGGAAAAGUUUUUCACCCAGGUCUAGCCUCCAAUUUUAGUGAUGACUCUCCAUACAGUUGGACUAAUACUCCCUACCACCCAUCUACAGAGAAGUACAAGAUGGCAAAGGUAUGUCCUAAUGCUGAUGGAUCACUAGGUGUAAACAUUGUGUGUCCUGUAGAUGUUAACAAGAUGCCAGAAGGGACUUUACCAGACAUACAAAUAGCAGAUUUUGCGGUCGAGUUUCUUGGCAACAUGUCCAAGUCAGAGCAACCUUUUUUCUUAGCAGUUGGCUUCCAGAAACCCCACAUCCCUCUGAAAUAUCCACAAGAGUUUUUAAAGCUCUAUCCAUUGUCAGAGAUUCAACCAGCCAAACACAACACAUAUCCUGAGAGACUGCCUCUGGUGGCUUGGAACCCAUGGACUGACUUAAGAGAAAGAGACGAUGUCAAAAAACUAAAUGUCAGUUUUCCGUUUGGACCUUUACCUUCUGACUAUCAGCUUCUAGUGCGACAAAGUUACUAUGCUGCCACAACUUAUGUGGAUGUUCAACUUGGUCGAGUUUUGAGUGCUCUAGAAGAAAAUGGUUUGGCUGAGAACACUGUCAUUACAUUUAUUGGAGACCAUGGUUGGUCUCUUGGUGAGCACCAGGAAUGGUCCAAGUACAGUCUUUAUGAUGUAGCGACUCGUGUCCCUCUCUUAGUGUAUAUACCUAACGUGACCUACACUCGACUUGAUGACAGGGAGAAACUGUUUGAUUUCAUUGACCCUCUACAUGACAAUAAGAAUCAGGAAAUAAUGCAAGGACCUGAGAAAGAUAUUAAUGAACUCAGUCUGUUGUUUAUGUCCGAGGACAAAGUACAAGCUGAACACUUAAAUCUAAUUAAAAAUUCGACUAUACAGAAACAUCAUUAUGAAGAGUCUAGUCGAUAUCAAAAUGGCUACAGGACAUCAGCUUUGGUUGAAAUGGUGGAUCUGUUUCCAACACUAGCAGAUAUUGCUGGGCUACCGACUGUUCCUCUUUGCCCUCCGCAACCAUUUUCUACAUUGUUAUGCACUGAAGGAGCAAGUUUCUUGCCAUUGAUAAAAAACAUAACAGGAUCAGAUAAUAAACAUCUCCAACCAAAAGUUACGAGACAAGAUGUUUUGAAAUAUGAUGAAACGACACUUGCAGAACAGUGUGAUGAACGUUUCGCGACAGUGACGUCUGAACCUGUUUGGAAGAAGGCCGUCUUCAGCCAGUACCCGAGGCCGUCUGUCUUGCCUCGAGACGACAGUGACAAACCUCAUUUGAAAGACAUCCGCAUCAUGGGCUACAGCAUGUGGACCCUAGACUUUCAUUACACUGAGUGGGUAAGCUUCAUCCCUGCCAACUACACCAUCCUUUGGGAGGAGCUGUAUGGAGUGGAGCUGUACCUUAGGGCUUUAGACCCAGAUGAAAUCAACAACAUGGCACUAUUUACUAGGUGUGCUUCUUUAGUUAAGGCUUUGUCUAGACAGUUACAUCAGGGAUGGAGAAAUGCAUUACCUAAUUAACAUUUCACAACUUAUAGGCAUCUAGUGGAAUGAUUAGUCAGUAAAUUCACAUAGCCUCCUAACACGAAAUAUAUACCAAGGAAAUUAAAAAAACAACUUUUGUCUUUUAAUACCCCAAAAACAGCCAUUGAGAUUAAUCAAAAUUAUAUAAAUUAUAAAAAUUAACUUUUUUAUUUUAUAUUUUUUAUAUAAAAAAUUUGAACAAAAUUAAAAGAUGAUGUUGGUAGAAAUAAAAUGUAUGUGUUCAGACAGUGUCGGGUACUUUUGGAUUUUAUUAUUUCUAUGUGCAAAAAUAUUUAUUUCUAUUUUGUUGAAUAUAUCUGAAAUUUUAUUUAUUAAAUAGUGCCCUACAUACAUUUUUUUAAUAUCUUUUAAAAAAUAUUGACAACUUUUGCGAUUGAUAAAGUACAAAAAAAACAACAAAUAACUUCUUAUCCAUUCCAUUGUUUUAUUUUUUAUACUCUAGUUGAAUCAUACUUAGUAUGUUAGUGAUAACAAGGGUGCCUUCAUGUUUAUAUCUUCUUGUCAUAGGCGUUGGGCAAACUGACAUUUUUAUGAGAAGCUUAUUUUUUUACGUUUUGUUCAGUUCAACAUGCAUUUAUUUUUUGUGUUGCUGACAGAUGUUCCAAGAGUCUAAACUACUCUAUUUACUGUACAUAAACUGAAACAUUGACACGGAAUUUUUUUUUUUUUUUUUUACAAUCUACUGUACAUAUAUUUUACGAUAGAAUUUUAUACAUUUUAUGCUUCAAGUGAUCAAUGACCAGUAUUAAUACAAUUUAUAUUCCAUAUUUUCUCAUAUCUAAACUGUACCCUUUUUUGCUUUUAAGAUUUGCAUAAUUUUUUCCUCAUCUACUACAGCUUCCCCAGUAUUCCCGAUAAGGAAGACACAUUGUGCAAUUAAACAACAACAUAUAUAUACAACUUUAAGUCGUUAACAACAUGUAAAAAUAUGUUUACAAAGUGACGAGAGUAUGUUUUUUUUUUUAGGCAGGUUAGAAUACGAUUCCCAUGUCUUUCCACCACUGCCAGAUAGAUGUUUUAUCAACAAUUACAUUGGGCUGCGCUUCUUUUGCUAUUUUACCCUUUGGCUUCUAGUAGCUUCAAGUUUCUACACAGAAGAGUAAAUGAUAUAAGGGGAGAUAAUUCAAAAUAAAAACUUAGCUUUUAGGUUCCCCUUACUAGAAUUUCCAGCUUGAAAAACUUGAAAAAAAAGAUUAAAUAUCAAGAUCCAUUCAAUCAAUGCAUUUCAAGCUUCAUGUUAGGCCUAUUUAUACAAAUGUAUUAUUGAAUCGGAAUUAUAAUGUGUAUUAUUUUCAUGAUUUAUACCUGAAGGAUUACGUUAUUCUAUUUUGUAAAGAGAAAUUCUGUUACUUCCUCUACCAUACCACGGAUAGUGAUAUAUAAUUGGAUAUUAGAUCAUCGGAUUUCAGUUCUGAAAAUAAUUAGACAUAUUUACCACCCUAUUCCAUUGUAAUACUGGGCUUUUUGUCAAUCUAAUUACUUGAUAUAAAGAACCCAGCAAUGUAGAAAUACAGCUAUCACAGUACUGACUGGCAAAAUAAAGAAACGGGGCAAAGGAGGGAAACAUGCCAUCAGAUUGAAUGGCUUUUUUUUUGUUUUCAAUCCUGAACAAGAAAAAUUAUUUAAAAAAUGCUUUAAAAAAAAAAACAUAGCUUAUAUUAAAUGUAAUUGUAUCAAUGUGUUUGGAUCAGUCAUGUAAUUAAAUUUGCAAUAGAUCUAGACUAGCAAUAAGUCUGUGCAAUUAGAAAUAUUUUUACCAAUUCUUUUUGUUUAAUGUAAGUUCUACGCAAUUUCCUAUCACUUUCCUGGACAACUUGGGAAGAGGGGAUAGCUUGGUGACUGUUACCGUGACUUGAAUUUGAACUCAGGGCUCAAGCGUCCUCAAGAGGACUAAUUCAACUUAUACCACAUCUGUCAUGUACAAUUUCUUUCCCUUGUUGAAUAAUAAGCAAAAUAAUUGACAAUAGUUAAUUAACUAAUUGGUUAAUUAUUUAAUUGAUUUUUGUUUUGUCAGGUACAAAAAAUAAUUGUGCAAAAUUUCAACUUGAUUCGAGAUUGGGUGUGGGAGAAAUAAUGUGUACAAACUUUUUACCAGACAGACAGUGUGAGUUAAUAUGAGCUUUGUAAAAUAGGGUGUGGCUUAGUGUCCUGAAAACAUGGUACUACUUUUAAUCUUGAGUCUAAUUUAUUUACUGUAAAUACAUUGUAUACCAGAAUCUGCAUUUAUUUUAACUUUGAUGGACAAAGUAAUAAUUGAUUAAAUUUUAAUGUCCAGUAUUAUUACAGCUCACCAUUGCCAUGACUUUAUUUAUGUAUUUAACAUUGUAGAUUUCCUAUUUUUAUAGUCUAAACCUUGUACAAAAAUUGAUUGUAAAAGAAAUGUGUCUGUGUUCAAACUGAAUUAAAUCUUAAUUAUUUGUAAACAAA